UCUUUACAAUCAGUUCCAAAUUUUGUUGUGAAAAUAAACGUCAAAAGUAAAACUUUAUUAUAAUUGCUUUACAGUAGACUUGACUUGCAUUUAAGUACCUGUUCUAGAAAUCUUCCAGACGAUGAGGGCUGAUUGAGCACCUAUUGCGUUUUUAUUUGGUUAAUUUGGUUUAAGACUACAUAAGUUUUUAAAAUGCCUUUCCCACGUACUGGUCGUACUGAUCAUAUUGGUCGUACUGAUCGUACUGGUCGUACUGAUCGUAUUGGUCGUAAUGGUCGUAAUGGAUCUAAUGAAAAUUUGGAAGGUUUCUCUCUCUUGACUUCAGCCCGAGCUCAACUAAACCAAUACAGAAACGUAGUAGAAAGUAACAUUACUGAUCAUUAUGGCUGUGAUCGCAAAUCUAUUGGUUAUGAAAAUGGUGUGGAUGAUGCUCCUGAGCAUGACUGGUUUAAGCUUGAAGCAGAGGAAAACGAGAAGUUGCUUGACCGUGCAUAUUUUAUUAAGUUUAUAACUAACACUGAUACCCCAAAAAAAGGCACUGAGAAAGAUGGUGCCAAUGAUGUGUUCACUGGGCGGAUGAAUAGAAGAGCGGAUGAAGAAUGUGAAAGGAACUAUGCAGAGACAGUAGGUGCAGUCAGUAAUGAAACUGAUUCUACCGUUUCAACUGAAUAUUAUUUGGGAUCUUCAUGUGAUGACGAAAAUGAGACUAUUUUAUCAGCUGAAACAACUAGCAAAAAUAACCAGACUGAUUCAACAGAGCAUUAGAUCUGAUUGUUUUAAAAAUUGGAGGUUAAAUUUUUUUCUAUAUACUGGCUUAUUCAAUUUUUCACAAUAAAAAUUUUACGAUAAAUUUAUAUGUCUUAAAGGCAUCUGUGAAUAAAUAUAUAUAUUUAAAGAUGAUAUGCUCCAUGCAA